CCAAGAUGGCGCCGUGCGGACGUGUCCGGAGCCGCUGCCCGGGCCCGGCGCUGCUCCUGCUGCUGGCGCUGGCGGCGCGGCCGGCCGCGCCCGGCCCUCCCGUGGGCCCUCCCGGCGCCGGCGGGGCCCUGCCCGCAGCGGCGCAGCCGGCGGGGCCGGGCGCGGCCGUCCCGCGGAGCGGCCGCGGCGGCGGGGCGGGCAGCGGGUGGAAGCUGUCGGAGGAGGCGGUGUGCCGGGAGGACGUGGUGCGGCUCUGCUCCAAGCACAGCUGGGCCAACAACCUCGCCGUGCUCGAGUGCCUGCAGGACGUUCGCGAGCCAGAUAAUGAAAUCUCCUCAGACUGCAAUCACCUCUUGUGGAACUACAAACUGAACCUGACAACAGACCCCAAGUUUGAAUCGGUGGCCAGAGAAGUCUGCAAGUCCACUAUUGCUGAGAUAAAGGAGUGUGCAGAUGAACCAGUUGGUAAAGGCUUCUUGGUAUCAUGUUUGGUGGAUCACAGAGGGAACAUCACUGAAUACCAGUGCCAUCAGUACAUCACUAAAAUGACAGCCAUUAUCUUCAGCGAUUAUCGGCUGAUCUGCGGCUUCAUGGAUGACUGCAAGGCUGACAUCAAUCUCCUGAAAUGUGGCAGCAUUCGACCUGGAGAAAAGGAUGCUCACUCACAAGGAGAGGUGGUGGCGUGCCUGGAAAAAGGCCUGGUGAAGGAGGCAGAGGAGACUGAUCCUCGAAUUCAGGUUUCUGAUCAGUGUAAGAAGGCAAUUCUCCGUGUCGCUGAGCUCUCCUCGGACGAUUUCCACCUGGACCGGCACCUGUACUUCGCGUGCCGAGACGACCGGGAGCGGUUCUGUGAGAACACUCAGGCUGGGGAAGGCCGAGUAUACAAGUGCCUCUUUAAUCACAAGUUUGAAGAAUCAAUGAGUGAAAAGUGCCGUGAUGCCCUCACCACCCGCCAGAAGCUGAUUGCCCAGGACUACAAAGUGAGUUACUCGCUGGCCAAGUCCUGUAAGAGUGACCUGAAGAAGUACCGGUGCAAUGUGGAGAACCUUCCCCGCUCCCGGGAAGCCCGGCUGUCCUACCUCCUGAUGUGCCUGGAGUCUGCAGUGCACAGAGGUCGACAAGUGAGCAGCGAGUGCCAGGGCGAGAUGCUGGAUUACCGGCGCAUGCUGAUGGAAGACUUCUCUCUGAGCCCGGAGAUCAUCCUGAGCUGCCGAGGGGAGAUCGAGCACCACUGCUCCGGCCUGCACCGCAAGGGCCGCACCCUGCACUGCCUCAUGAAGGUCGUGCGGGGGGAGAAGGGCAACGUGGGGCUCAACUGUCAGCAGGCGCUGCAGACGCUGAUCCAGGAGACGGACCCCGGUGCCGAUUACCGCAUCGACCGCGCGCUCAACGAGGCCUGCGAGUCGGUGAUCCAGACGGCCUGCAAGCACAUCCGCUCCGGAGACCCCAUGAUUCUGUCUUGCCUGAUGGAACACUUGUAUACUGAGAAGAUGGUAGAGGACUGUGAGCACAGGCUCCUGGAGCUGCAGUAUUUUAUUUCUCGUGACUGGAAGCUGGACACGGUCCUGUACCGCAAGUGCCAGGGAGACGCCUCCCGUCUCUGCCAUACCCACGGCUGGAACGAGACCAGCGAGCUGAUGCCUCCAGGGGCUGUUUUCUCCUGCCUGUACAGGCAUGCCUAUCGCACAGAGGAGCAAGGGAGGAGGCUAUCGCGGGAGUGCCGGGCGGAGGUGCAGAGGAUCCUCCACCAGCGAGCCAUGGACGUGAAGCUGGACCCAGCCCUGCAGGACAAGUGCAUGAUUGACCUGGGGAAGUGGUGCAGCGAGAAAACAGAGACAGGGCAGGAGCUGGAAUGCCUUCAGGACCAUCUUGAUGACUUGGUGUCUGAUUGCAGGGACAUAGUGGGAAACCUCACUGAGCUGGAGUCUGAGGACAUCCAAAUUGAAGCCUUGCUGAUGAGAGCAUGUGAGCCCAUUAUCCAGACAUUCUGUCAUGAGGUUGCAGAUAACCAGAUUGAUUCUGGGGACCUGAUGGAGUGUCUAAUACAGAACAAACACCAGAAGGAAAUGAAUGAAAAAUGUGCAAUUGGAGUUACUCAUUUCCAGCUGGUCCAAAUGAAAGAUUUUAGGUUCUCAUACAAGUUUAAAAUGGCUUGCAAGGAGGAUGUGCUGAAACUUUGCCCCAACAUCAAAAAAAAGGUGGAUGUGGUGAUCUGUCUGAGCACAACUGUGCGCAAUGACACCUUGCAGGAUGCCAAGGAGCACAGGGUCUCUCUGAAGUGCCGCAAACAGCUGCGUGUGGAGGAGCUGGAGAUGACUGAGGAUAUCAGACUUGAACCAGAACUGUAUGAGGCUUGUAAAAGUGACAUCAAGAAUUACUGCCAAAACGUGCCCUAUGGCAACGCUCAGAUUAUUGAAUGCCUGAAAGAAAUCAAGAAGCAGUUGAGCACACGGUGCCACCAGAAGGUGUUCAAGCUGCAGGAGACGGAGAUGAUGGAUCCAGAACUGGACUACACACUCAUGAGAGUCUGCAAGCAGAUGAUCAAGCGGUUCUGUCCAGAGGCAGACUCAAAAAAUAUGCUGCAGUGUUUGAAACAAAACAAGAACAGUGAAGUGAUGGAUCCGAAGUGCAAGCAGAUGAUUACCAAGCGCCAGAUCACACAGAACACAGAUUACCGCUUAAAUCCCGUGCUCAGGAAGGCGUGCAAAGCAGACAUCCCAAAAUUCUGCCAAAACAUCCUCAAUAGGGCCAAGGAUGAUACAGAGUUGGAAGGGCAGGUCAUCUCAUGCCUGAAGUUGAAAUAUGCAGACCAGCGUCUCUCUCCUGACUGCGAGGACCAAAUUCGAGUCAUAAUCCAGGAAUCAGCCCUCGAUUACCGGCUGGAUCCCCAGCUUCAGAUGCACUGCUCUGAUGAGAUUUCCAGCUUGUGUGCAGAGGAAGCAGCAGCUCAGGAGCAGACGGGGCAGGUGGAAGAAUGUCUGAAAGUGAAUCUGCUGAAAAUAAAAACUGAAAUGUGCAAGAAGGAAGUGCUCAACAUGCUGAAGGAGAGCAAAGCAGAUAUAUUUGUUGACCCAGUGCUCCACACAGCCUGUGCCCUCGACAUCAAACACCACUGUGCUGCCAUUCCACCGGGGAGAGGACGCCAAAUGUCAUGCUUAAUGGAAGCCCUGGAAGAUAAGCGUGUGAGGUUGCAGCCUGAAUGCAAGAAACGCCUUAAUGAUCGGAUUGAAAUGUGGAGCUAUGCUGCAAAGGUUGCCCCAGCAGAAGGCUUCUCUGACCUUGCCAUGCAAGUGAUGACCUCUCCAUCCAAGAAUUACAUACUGUCCGUGAUCACGGUUGGCAUCUGCGUACUCUUCCUCAUCGGCCUGAUGUGUGGACGCAUCACCAAGCGGGUGACAAGAGAGCUCAAGGACAGGUAGAGCCUGGAUUGCCUGCUGAAGAAAUGCCUGCCCAGUGCCCAGUUUUGUACAGCCCUCCUCUGUAUAGUCUACCCACCCCCUCUUGUGAGAGGAGAAUUAAAAAAAAAAAAAAAAAAAAAAAAAUUAGAACAGCAGCAGGUGUUGGCUCAGUUUUCCCAUCCUGGAUCUCAUCCACAGCAUCUUCAUCCUAUGAAAGUUUGUGUGCAACAUUGGCAGCCCAGCCAGCAGCUUUUGUUACCCCUUUGUUAGCAGACUCUCGUUUACCUGCCUGUAGACAAGUCUCUGUUGUACUGUUGGAACUGCCUUCACUCUCCAGAUCAGACUGAUACGACCUGCAGCUCAAGCAGUUUUUAAGUAAAUUUUUAAAGACAGACAUAUAUCUGCAUACCGACUAUAUGAUUUAGGUAAUGGUUCAUAUUGAAAUCUAGUCGUCCUCUGUGGCUGGGUGAAAUUGAGGCAGGAAAUUAAAGGGUAAAUUGCAUCUUACACCACAGUUGGCCUUGUUUUGGACAUCUUGCUCGUCUGUGUAAAGCAUCUCCAGAGCAUAGUCUUGGACAACCUAACGGCACCAGUCCCUGGUGUCAUCUCCUAGUGAAUAUCCUGCUUUUGUGACUGUGGAUUUUUUUUGGCUGAAAAGAUGUCCUCCCUUUCUUCCUCUGCCGCUCGCAAGAUGAUAGAAUAAAAUACUGCCCAGGAUCGAAUUCUCAUGUGAGCUGUACAACUGUUUCAGUAGAUCAAAGACACGGUGUAGACACGAGGCGCGUAGACUGUCAGUAGUGAACGGUGCCACUGUCAGCGGGCAGGAAGUGCCCUGAGCAGUUACUCGGUCAACUUUUUUUAUUAUGCAGUAAAAUUCUAACCCUCCUUUUAUUUUACCUCGCUGCUGCCAAGCUGUUCCCCUUCCAAAUUAACUGUCUGUAGAGGGUGUUGACACACCGGCCGUGCAGUGCCCUGUCAGCGACGCGGAAAGGGACUGAACGCUCGUCGUGCUCUGUCUGUGUAACUUGGGGGUUAUCACAGUGGUUUGUAACCACAAUCCGGGUCUCAAUGGUUUGAAUGGUACAGUCUGAACCACGCUGGAGAGCCGUUUUCGUUUCCACAACUACAAUUGGUAGUGGUACAACUGAUAGCAGCUGGCACGUCCUGGGAUGUAGGACACAGGUGCCAGUCCAGAAGGCCAAGCAGGAGUGGAUGGCAGGAUGAUGAUGUGUGAAAGGCAGAAACGUCUGGAUCUUUCAGGGAAGUAGCUUCCACGUAGUUACCAUCAACGUGUGCACUCAUGCUAUGUAUAGGUACACUUCAGAACCUGAUGCUUAGGCCAGAGAGCCCAAAGAAGGUGUUUUAGAAAAACUGCAACAGUAGCUGUGGCCUCUUCUUACUUUGUUCCUCAAGUGGCAGGAGGUGUGGAGGUCAAAAGACACAUGCUUUGAUUGAAACAUGGAGUGUGUUGGUGAAAUCUGGAAGAGGCUGCACAAGACUCCAUGUGUACAGUAGGAUAUAUUUUAUUCACCUUUUAGAUGUGCUCAGCUGUGUGUGCUGCAGUAAAAAACUUUAUUUUCCCACUUAGCUAGGUAAGACCUGACAUUUCCAGUUGUCCUCAUCGUUCUCUAGAAGAACGGUGGAGGUGGUUUGGGGACACUUUAGUGGACCAGCUGAUUCUGAUGAUGCUGCAUGUACAGGAUAGCAUAUACAAAAUACUGUGAGCUUUUGUUGCGACCGAAGCUUUUUACAAAUGUACCCUCAUCCCGUUCUGAGGAUGGGCAGCAAACUGUUAGUGGUUUGGUUUUAGACUUGCUGUGCUAGUGAGUCACAAACACUCCUGGUUUUGCAGCGAAGUGCGAGCACAGGGCAGGCAGCAGCAGAGGCCUGAGUGACGAGGGCUCGCUGGACAGUUGGUACAUGGUGGGAUUGCUGUUGUGGUUGGGUAGAACAGAACUUAAGCCUGAAUUCCUUCCCUUGCCCCUGCUUCCCUGGUACUAACGGAGCUUGGCAGGCUCUCUGUCAGCAUGAAGUGGGGCAGAAGAGGAACAGUUAGUCGGGUCUCUUGAGGUAGCCCAGGUGUGUAAAACCACAAAUGUUAGUCUGGCAAUUAGAAGUGUUGUUGUUUCACUUGAGUGAGCACUGAAAUGACUGCUAUAAAGAGGGGUGUGUGCACACAGCUCCCGGCAAGGGAAGUGGGAUCUAGGUGCAGCCUCGCUUGCUGGCACAGGUCCUGCUUCUACAAAAUGUCUAUCAGGCAUAAUUAAAUUGCCAUUGGAGGGCUUUUUUUUUUAAACUGUUGUGACUUUCUGAGAAGGCAUUUUGUAACCUGAUUAGCUUGAACAGCCUAAUUAGAUGGUUUAUUGUCUAGAAAUAGCAUCUUCCACUAAAUUCAGAAAGACAUUGCAGUGAAAAUUGUAGGUUUGUAGCCAUAGUUCUGAAUGUAAACCCUGUUCAGCUCUGAAGGUGACUUUGUUUAGUUUCAGAUACGAGGCUUUCUGGGUUUUUUUGCUUUUUAAUGUGGAGAAAGUUGAAGUGAGGGUGCCUGGAGCGCUGCAUUAGGAGCCUGUGCUCUGCAGUGGUGUUUCUGUGCCUGUGGUUGGUGGUGUUCCUGCCUGUGUCAGCAGGCUGACCUGGGAGUUUGGCUUCGAUGGGAAUGCACUGGGAGGUGUUAGAGCUGUGUGGCUGGAGGCCCUUGGAAACAAAGGUAGGAUGCUAAAUAAACCCUUUGUCACUGUAAAGACACAAACCCACCUUUUAAAAGGUGGGCACUGUCAAAGGGUCCUGGCCAUUUUAUCAUUUGAACAUGUGAUCUUCUCAUGUUUUAAAAUGGGGUCUCCUGCUACUGCUAAUGACCAAAUUUGCUUUUUUCUUGACUAAAAAUCUACCACUCCCAGUCUUGAAACAUUCUCCUUUUCAUGCAUACCUAAAAACCCAGAGGUUUUUGCAAGCCCAGAAACCCACAGGAGUUGCUCUUCCAAAAAUAGCCUGGUUGUGCUGUUGCCAACCCCAUCAUCCUGCAGCUGCAGGUAACCAUUUUCCAUUGCAGGGAAAGAAAGAAUCGUAGGAUCACCCUUAGAAUGGGUGGGGUUGGAAGGGAUUUAAAGCUCAUCUCGUUCCAACCCCCUGCCCCAGACAGGAACACGUUCCACACCAGACCAGGUUACUCAGAGCCACACCCAGCCCACAACCUCUCUGGGCAGUCUGUGCCAGUGCCUCACCACCCUUAUAGGGCGGCGUGAGAAGUGGUUGUGGAGAAACACUGCUGUUGCCUUGAACUUGAGAAAGCCUUUGUAACUUCUCUGGUGUGAGAGAGAACGUUAGAGAUAUCUGCAGCCAGCCAAAAGAAGUGUGUUUAGCUUAGGAAAAUGUGGGGUCUCCACUUGCCCCUACUGCUGCGAGGGUUAACAAGCUGCGUUUCCUAAAUGAUGGCAAAGGCACGGUGAUGGGCACCUCGUUAGUUCACUCCUGCUAGCCUGUUACUGUUUGUUCUUAGUAAUAAGCUUAUUUAUUGUUUACCUAGCCCUUAACUAAUCAGGUCCUUUGGUGAGUUUCAACUUGGGAUUCUCCUGCCUCGCUGUUGUCAUCAGGCUGCUGGAGUAACUCAUCAUCUGGGGAGGAACAAAACUCGUGGCACUUUGAAGUACUGUCCAGCAGGUUGGGAUGAAGUAUCUGGAUGUCUGUGUCACUGUAAAGGGCUGGAAAGGCCCUAGUGAAGGUCAAAUAAUUCUGUAGCAAAAUGUUAGCGUUUCCUCCAGAAUCUGAUGCUUAAAUCCGUGGGGUGUGAUCAGUCUUGCUCUGAAAGAAUCUGCAGUAUGGAAAAAUAAUGGAGAGGUGAAUGUCUCAAGGACAGAAACUAACUGCAGGUAGGUACAGAGGGAAGAAAUGUUGACAAGCCAGAGGGAUCACUCGAAUCCAAUAAUGUUUGUAAGAGGAAUCGUGUUCAAUUUGGAUGGCAGCUUCUGUCAAAACACAAGCUUUUUUUUAUUUAGUCCAAGAAAGAAGACGGUAGGGUUGUUUAUUUUUACUUUUAUCAGUCUUGUUUGGGGGGGAAAAAAAAAAAAAGAAGGUAGUUUCGAGGUGUAUGUGACUGUACAAGGAUGGUAUGAAACCAGAGCGUUUCAGGUGCAGCUCUGUGGACUCAAAACAGCUGUUCAAGUUUGGGUUUGUGUAAGAGCACGAAGUUAAUUCUGGGGUUCAGGUCCUCCAGGCAGUUCCCAGGUGCUCGCUGUUUGCACAGAGGCAGAUUUCCUCCCUCCACAACUCCCGAAUUGGAUAAUUCGACAGCAGUGUGGGAUUGCAGGGUCCAGCAAUUCACCCUGGAAGGUACCGCUGUCCCUUGUAUUGACUGAGUUAGAGGUGCUGGUGUAGCUCUUGCCUUGGGAAUUUCUGAUGGAGGAGAAGAGGGAAGUUGUGACCCAGCGGAUUCCUAUUGUACAGCAGACGCUGUUUGAACUUAGCCUCUUUUUUUUUUUUUAAUUAUUAUUAUUAUUAUUUUUAAAUGUGACAUUAACGAGACUUUUUUUUUUUUUUUUUUUUAAUGGUUUCCCCCUUUUUUUCUGUGUAUAAAUCCUGGCCCGCUCCUCGUUUUUGGUCGUCCUUUUCGGUUUUAUUUGGGGUUGUUUGUUUUGUUUUGUUUGGUUUUUUUUUUUACAUGUCCACGCCGUGUAAUUUCGAGAUGUUACCGAGACUUUGAACAUAAUAAUGCGCAUCUUUUUUGUUGUUUUUGUUUUGUUUUGUUCGUUUGUUUGUUUUCUGUACAGACGAAAUGGGAGAAUUUAAUAAAAAAGAGUCUGCAGGUUUGUA